AAGUAAUCUUUUAACCAGUAGGUGAGUUUAGUCAUCAUGAAGCACCUGAAAUUGUUCAUUGGGUACUUGAUAAUUUUAGUUACACUUGUUGAACGCUCUUUAGUGUCUGCUUUUCCUCCACAAAGUAUUCCUCAGGAAUCUUCAACAAAGUCCCAUUCCACUAUAAACUUUUAUGGGAUUUAUCUUUCAGUGCAUCAAUUUCUGUUGAGACAUAAUAUUGUCAAUGGGACUGGUAAACCUGUGAGUCAGGUAUUGGAUGAGUUUUUUGGAACAGAUCGAGACUCUCAAACCAACUUUUACCUAAACAUUCUUAAAAUAACCGAUCACCAGAAUAUAGUUCAGAAAGAAUUGGCCGGUUUCGCCCAUUACCAUGUUAACGGGGAACAAAUACUUACAGCUCACAACUAUGUACGAUCUUUACGGAAGAGUUUGAUUGACUUAGCAGAGUCUGGGGCAGACAUUGACAUUCUUAGAGAAAGGGUAGGACAGUGUCUGUACACUCUCCAGCAAUUCUACAGCAACACCAACUGGGUAGACCUACACGGAGACACAAUCAUAAAAGAGUUUGGUAUCUCUGCAACACUUCCGGUUUCUAUCAGUAAUUUGUCCGAUGAACCAUGCUCUGAUUGUCCGACAGACUCGACAAGUUUACAAAGUGGUCUUUGUAAGAACAAUACUAGAACCACUAAAUUAACCAGUGGAUACAAGUCUAAACAAGAUGUAUCCAAGCCUCCCAGCAAUAAUCAGGGUAUAGGCAAAUGUAGCCAUGGCUCACAAGACGACACCAGCAGAUUAAAAUCAGCAACUGGCGGAAUAUAUAAAGGAAGGUCAUCCUCGGCGCAUGCUCCUCAUUUUUAUCUCCAUAACGAGGCUUUUGAAGCUGCCAAACUGGCUACAGUCUACUUUCUUUCUGAUGAAAAUGACGGUCUUUUCAGUCACCUUGGAAUUUACCUAACAAAAGAGGUAUUUCAAAUAAAAUCUAAAAAGGAAAACAAGGAAGUAAAGGACUAUUCGAUUACGUUUGUAAUCGAUGUAACAGGAUCGAUGAGUGACAACAUAGCCGGUGUUAUACAAGGGGCUGCAACGUUUGUAGACCAAAUUAGACAAUCGGAGCGCAUACCUGAAAAAUAUGUCCUCGUAACAUUCAGUGACCCAGUCGAUCUUGAAAAAAGCCGAGUAACAAACGAUGCAGACGAGAUGAUAAGUUGGAUAAACGGCCUGACAGUAUCCGGUGGUGAUGACUGCCCUGAGUACAGCCUCUCUGGGCUAAUAACAGGUGCAACACUCUCUAAUUUCAACUCGACCAUAUACAUUUAUACGGACGCACCUGCUAAGGAUGAAUCUAGAGAGACGGAAGUCAUCGAGAUUCUACAGAGAAAAACUAUUACACCAAAAUUUCGUCUGAGGAACGAAUGCGGAGGACGUCGAAAACGUGAAAUAGGUAGAUACAAACGCCAGUCAAGCGUCUACGAUAGUAUAGCUCAAGCUUCGGGUGGGGACGUGGAAAGAUUUUCAUCAUCUGCAGACCUUGCAGAUAAGGUCCAAGAAGACUUAAUGAGUGAAUUAUCAUUCAUCCAAAGCAAUUCAUCUCAAGCAAUAAGUCAGAAUAACCUUCCAACAUCUAUCUCUAUCAUCAAAUGGAAAUCUACACACGCAGAUCAACUUACAAAUAUUGAGGUGGACAAUUCGGUAGAUUCUCUGCGAAUUGAAAUUAAUGGCACAUCGAACUCCAGUGAAAUUCAUUUAAGACACCCAAACGGUUCGCUGGUUGACUCAGGGUCGCGGGAUGUAACCUUGCAAUAUUCGGACAACCUGACCAUAUUUUUAAUUGAGUCUCCUUCAAAGGGCCUGUGGACUCUUGAAAAUAUUGUAAGCAAUCCAUUGAAAAUUAACAUAACAGCCAAUAGUUCCUUUGAUAUUUCCUCAUCUUUACGAGAGAUUUCAUCUGAAGGCUUCUUUUACCCUCUAAAUGGCAAUCCAGUAUCCGGCAAGGAAUACGUCAUUGUUGUUCUUCUUGAGAAUCUCCCAACGAAUUCUUCAAUAUCUUCUAUUGUGCUCGUGGAUGAGAAAGGAAAUGCCGUUACUACAACUGUAGCAACUCUUCUAAGCGUUACCCCGAACUUGCAGUAUUUUGCAAAAACCAAAAUAUUUAAACAGAUAGCUGGAGUUCAAAUACACGGACAAGACUCAACAAGUCAACAAUUUAUUCGUACUUGUAAACAUACAAUUAAUCCAGUUGAUGUUACACUUAAAAUGAAGCUUUUUAUUGGUGAUCUGUCACUUUCAAACAUAGAACAACUUGAAUACAACAUUACAAACCACGGAGGAAAUAAUAGAUCUUUGACUCUGGAUGUUUCCGACGACAAGGGUUAUAUCGUUGAUAAUCGAUCUAUACACUUCCAUAUUUCACCAGGAGAGUCCGAAAAUAAACUAGUGUUCAUCCGGGGAACUCAGCCAUCAACAAUCGUAUCUGUAACAGCAUCACUGAAAGACGAGGAGACACAUAUUGUACUCCAAAAGUUAACCCAAAAGCUUACAGUGUCAUCCGCUAUGCGACCUACUUGCAACCUGACAUCAUUGGACGAUACUUGUCAAAAUCAGAGGGGUAAUGGCAGCAACUGUUUUGACAUUCCCUGGCAAGGAAGUGUUCAAGUAAAUUUCUCUGGAAUAAGAAUUGCGAGUUUAGAUGUGUCAAGUUCUUCUGUGAAUUUGACACAUGGUUCACUUUGGAGUUUUUACGGUCCUUUGGACGUUACACUACAAGGGGACUGUUGUACUCGGUCGAUAGUACUCACUGCAACUGAUAAUGAUGGUUUCAUUGCUCAGUGUAGGUUUCAACUUUUUCCUGAAGAUUCAUCUAAUAACAUCAUCACCGAUUCGUCUGAGCCUACUGACAAAAAGGAGACUGUGUUGAACCUGACGAUUCUUGGAGCAGCUAUUGGAGGAGCUUUAGCAGGAAUUGUUAUUCUUACAACGGGUGUGCUUCUGAAAAUUCGUCACUCAUCUUUGAAGUCUUCAAAGGUCAAAGAUGACACAGAUACACAAAUUGACAUCUCACGAGUUGAAAAGUGGGAUCAAAAUAAAACGGCUCAUUUUCAAGCAUUUAUGUUGCGAGAACCCAUUGUUUGCAGUGCACCUGCAGAGAGCUUUUUUGGCCGCGUUCAUUAACAAUAUAUAUCAAUGAAAUCGGGGACCAAAAACAUUCAAUUAAGUAACGUGUGCGACUUUGAAUGAAUUUCCUUUCUAAAAAUCAAUCAAAGCUUAUUAAAACUUCAUGAUUUGAUUUGUUGGCUUCUAAAGUAUAGCAAUUUUCCAUUCAAACCAAUUAUCUGAGAAAAUCAUAAACUUCUGCCUAUUUACACCAGCAGAAUCGAUCUCCUUUCAAAGUUUGAAAUAUUCUAAGCAAAUGAAAAGAACUUCCGAGUGGAAAUACCAAAAAAGGGCGUCAUGGGAAUGUGUCGAAAAUUCGUCCCCGAUUAAUUGGGUUUAUUCAACCCGCAUGUUAUGCAUCGAUUAUAAAUGAAGCAAACGCGAAAUCAUUUUAUGUCGCUUGUUUUUUAACAAGAUUUGUAAAUCAUACAUGUAUUUUCCUUGAAACUGGCUUAAUUGAUCAAAACAACUUCUGCACGGUCUAUUAUUAUACACAUUCAUAGCAUAGCCAUCGUUCAAAAGUGUACAUAAACUUGAUAUAAAAAUUUUAAAAUGCAUAUAUUGCUGACUCACACAACACAAAUAUACAUCCAAGACAUUAAAUGCUUUUAUUACAUAGAUAAUAAAGUUAUUAUUUUAAAUCCAGUUUUGUAAAUCAAUUAAAAUGCAUUUAUGUGGUAAAUCUGUUGGCCAUAUGUGGUUCUUAUUGCAAAAAAAUGUAGGACAUACAAACUUGAUUUAAACAAAUUGAUGUGAGAAAUAAAACUGAAAAUUGCAACAAUCUUGUGGAAAGUUGCCAUGAAAAAUUUAUAAAUUAUAAAGCAGAUGCAUCUGCUAAGGUUGGUAUAUGAUUUUUUUUAAAUUUCAUUGAGAAUUUUCUGUAUGUCAUGACAUUUGUUCAAAUUUAAAAUAAAAGAUUCCAAAAUUUCAAAA